CUACCCGGAGCGGUGGCUUUGGCCCCUGUCGCUAGCGCUUGGCAAUAACCUCUUCCUCUGUCACCGCAAUCCGACUUCGCCCGCUACCGCCGCCAUUAUGAACGUCCGCAAUGCUCGGCCAGACGACCUGAUGAACAUGCAAUACUGCAACCUCCUUUGCCUCCCGGAGAACUACCAGAUGAAAUACUAUUUCUACCAUGGUCUUUCUUGGCCCCAGCUCUCUUACAUUGCGGAGGACGACGAUGGGAAGAUUGUGGGCUACGUCCUGGCCAAAAUGGAGGAGGACCCAGAUGAUGUUCCCCAUGGACAUAUCACCUCACUGGCCGUGAAGCGUACACACCGGCGCCUCGGCCUGGCCCAGAAGCUGAUGGACCAGGCCUCCCGGGCCAUGAUAGAAAACUUUGGCGCUAAGUACGUGUCCCUGCAUGUCAGGAAGAGUAACCGGGCAGCCUUGCACCUCUACGCUAACACCCUCAACUUUCAGGUUAGUGAGGUGGAACCCAAAUACUAUGCAGAUGGAGAAGAUGCUUACGCUAUGAAGCGAGAUCUCUCACAGAUGGCAGAUGAGCUGAGACGGCAGCUGGAGCCAAAGAAGGGCAGGUAUUUGGUGCUGGUGUCCAGGAAGAACCAGGAGACCCAGGGCAGUGCACUUCCUGGUUCUGAAGAGGCCGGUCAGGAGGCGAGGAACCCGGUCGCUGACAGUAGUGGCAGUGACAGCAAGGAACUCAGUGAAUCUACGGAGAGCACCCAUGUGCCGGACAGCUCAGAAGACUCAGAUUCCACCUCCUAGAGCCCGCUUAAAGCAUUGCAGGUUCUUGUGUCUCAGCCACGUGUGCUCUGCAGCGUCUUCUCUGGGGUCAUCUCACAGUGACCCCAGUGGCUUCUCACUCUCCACAGCAACCUUCCGCAUACCCUUCCGGGAUCGUGACGGAACACCUGGACACAAGAGCCUGCUGCACAAGAGCCAAGGAAGUUUGAGGCCUGCCAUCACAGAACCUUCCUUGGCCUUCUCACCCCACGCUGCCAUUUUAUUCUGUUUGUAGUAGUCCUGCGGUGGGUGUGGUUGUUUUGCUAGGUUGUCUCUUCCUAGAAUGCCAAACAGGAAGCAGGGUAUACUCCUGAAGCCCCUCUGCUUUCAGUUUAUUUUGUUACGUCUGGGUUUUCAUCCUUGAUGGAAUAGUCAGGAUCAUCAAAUCAGACCUCAUGGCCUCUUCCUCUCCCUUCUUUUCUGAAAUAGAAUUCUAUUUCCUUUUCCUUGCUCUGGGAGCAAUACCCUGCCCUUUCUCCUUCCCAAUGGGAGAAAGUGGUAAGGGCCUCUACUUUGCAGUCAGAACUUAGAGAUUUUAAGAAAGAGACAACCAAUAAUUAAAUUAGAAUAUCUAAUCUCCUUGUGUCAAUUUGUAUUUUUUGUUUUUUGUAAUGACAUAACUUGCCAUUUAUUGAGUAGCUAUAUUGUUCAGGCACCAUGCUAGGAUGUUUAUUAAUAAUCUCAGCAAUCUUAGGAGGUAGGUAUUAUUAUCCCUGUUUUAUAGAUGAGGAACUGAAGCUGAAAGAAGCGAAGUAAAUAUCUAGGAUCUGAACCGAAGUCUAUUUCAAUUCAAAGCCAAAAGUUCCUUUUACUUUCCUAUUGCUGCUCUUUGCAUUUUAUUUAGAAAAGUGUGAAAACUAUAGCAAAAAAGGACAAUCUGCUGUUUUAAAAUGUUAAGUGUUAGCUUAAAACAUGGCAACUUAUGUCACUUGUAAAUAUUUAUGUAACCCACCAUUAUAAUCCCAGUUUACUAUUUUUCUCCAGUAAAAAUAAGUGAAGACAGUGCUUUGACCUCUGCAGUGUAAGUCAACAGAUAAAUCCAGAGUUAUCUUAUACUUAAUGUUGUUUUUAUAUUCGCUGAAUGUGAAUGAGUAUAGUAUGAAUAUUUCUCAUGUUUAAAUUUUUAUGAAAACUGGUGUAUAUGGUUUUAAGUCAAAGCCCUGAUAUUAACCAUCUGAUGACAAGAGAUAACUGUUCUCUGUAAUCAUAAUGAGCCCUGCUAAGAAGCCCUUCUUACAAAUCUACCACAAUGUACCUAAGAAUGUCUGCCUGAUAGGACAUAAUUGCCUGAGGCAGAUAUAAAAGCUUUUUUUCCUAUACAACUAGGAUUUGCCAUUUCCUGUGCCAGUACAAACCUCUCAGCUAUCUUUCCAUCGUUCCUUUAUUUCUUUCAGAUUUCCUCUGCAAAUCUAAAACUGUUUUAUUCCUUACCCUCAAGCAUGUGUUUAUCUCUAUAUUUUAAAAUAUUACAGCUUUCUAACAUCUGUCUCUAGGGCAGCAUAAUCUUACUGAUGAAAUAUUCCAUGUUUUCCUUGAGCCCCUGUCAAUAUGUCUUCACGUUAACAGCUUAGCAGAUGGAGAAACAGAAGGAGUAGCCUCAGCUUACCUGAAUGAUUUCUCUCCAGCACCAGGCACAUUACUGUCUAGUAACUUGAUGAUAGGAAUUGGAGUAAUUGGAAAAUAAGAAAUGAUAAUCUGACUUUUAUAGUGUUAUUUACUAAACUAUUGGCUUCUUUUCUUUGUUACUGUAAUAUCCAGUCUCGUACCAAGACAAGGCAGAAUUAUAGCAACCUACCUAGUUUAGACUGUGCCUAUUUAGAUGGUGAAAGUAAAAUAAACAAUAAUACUAAUAUUGCUUUGGGCAUAAAUUAGCAUGUUCCCAAGUGGUUCAGGGCAAUAACAGUGAGUUGGCAGCAGCAGUAGCUUCCUGUAACACUGAAACUGGAAGCGUGACAGAGCUUUCUGUAAUAGCAUUGUUCUUUCUACAUAGGACAAAUUGUUGUUGUUUUUAAUGGACUGCCUGCUUUUUACUUCAGUACAGUCCUAGAGAGGCCACAGCCAGGCUCCGAAGCAAGGAUGUAGCAUAGUGAGUGGUGAAUAGCUUUGUUUUAGCUGUAGAGACUGACCCACGCACCUCCUUUACUUGCAGUUUUAAAGAAACUACUGGGUGGGCUCAGACCUCUCAGCCAAUUGUUCAGAAAUAUUCAUCAUCAAGAUACAAAGUUUUCUUUGGCUAAAAGAGAGAAACUUGUAAUGAAGCCCUUGAGUUAUCUAGUUAGAAUUUGUAUGAUUUUCCUUUCUGCAGGUAAGAAUGAGGGCAAGAGGUUAUCAUCUAAAAUAAAACAAAUGGGGUGUGUGGAUGUAUGGGAGAAGUAGGGGAUAGUGCUGGAAGUUAGUCCAAAGCUGGGAAAAUUUGGAAAGGAUCAGGACUCCGAAAUAGCUGAAAAGAAGUUUUCUCAAAUUUUCAUGUGCAAAUGAGUCAUCUGAGGGAUCAUGGUAAAAAUGCAGAUUUUGUUUCCGUGGGUCUGGGGUGGGGCCCGAGCGCUGCAUUUCUAACUAGUUACUAGACAGCUGAUGUUGCCGGUCUGGGAACCACACUGACUAGUAAGGGUCUUAAAGCUCAUCUCCAACCCAGAACUGAGUCCCGACCGGCACACGUGUGACGAGCCUUCAGGGUGCUUUGGAUUAGACCCCAAGUAAUUCAGAACCAUUCUUAAACACACACAAAUCCUGUUUAUCUUUGGAAUUUCGUCACAUUAAGGUCUAUGGCCUAAUAAUUUCAAUAAAAAUUCCAGAUACAUUUCAUCAAAAUGUAUAGAAAAUAAAACCUUAUAUGUACAGUGUAUAAAAUGUAUUGAUAAUCACAUUACAUCUUCUUUGAUACUAGAAUGCCUUGAUAUUUCUUCAUCGUUGACUUACAAACAAGUGAAUGGUAUAUGAGAUAUUUUAAAGUUUCAUUUUUAACGGUCACUCAGUUUGGUGUGUUCAUUGGUUCAUAGAUUACCCCAGUCACCACGAAUUUUUUGCAUUCUGACAUUUGACACAAAACUUGAAAAUGAGCACAGUUUUCUUUUUUUUUUUAAUUGGAGCAUCAUAUCUUCAUGUCAGUGAAGGUGUGGGAAACACUUUCAAGAGAGAUUUCCCAUCAGGAGAUAAGAAUUUCUAGCCCUGGGUUUCUCAAAGUAUAGUU